CUUAAUUAAUUUGGGAAUUUCUAUUCUGAUAUAUUUUCUAUGUUUUACUCAUACCUUAGGGGGCGUUUGGUUAGGGGGUAAGGAAAUCAGGAAACGGAAUGGGAUUCCCUGAUUCUCUUUGUUGUUGUUUGUUUUACAAAAAAAUCAUUCCCUUUGUUGUUGAUCCGACAUUCUGCGACUCACCUCUUCUUCUGCGACUCACCCCUUCCGUUUCUUCUCGCCGCCAUACACUUGCCGCCGAUGCAACUCCAUCCCAGGUGUGCAAGAUUAAAUUGGGACAUAGCAAACAAGCUAAGAAGGAAAUAUCGUGGGUUUAGUGGAUACAUACAAGAUAUCUGAAGAACACAUGCACCCUUUUGGUAUUAUAUUCCCAAACACAAUUGAUGUCAUUACGGGGAAAAACGAUAAAAACGAGAGAAGAAAUCAUUGGGAUGAGCAAGACUGAAAAAUAUGGUGUUCAAAAAGAAUACAACUAACUGGCUAUUGGGACGACCAAGCUAGAAAAGUUCCUUACUAGUCUAAAUGGAUCUGGACUAGAGGGAGUAUUCAUAAACACGGGUUAUCUUU